AUGUCUCCCAACAUUCGGCGCGUGGCCGUCAUUGGAGCUGGCCCAGCUGGCGCCAUCGCUACAGAUGCGUUAGUCAAAGAAGGCGCCUUCGAUACGGUCCGCGUAUUCGAUCGCAGACCUAUGGUUGGAGGAGCAUGGGUUUACACGCCACAUUUACCACCAGGGAUUCCCUCACUCGAGAAGCUUGUUGUCGGGGAGGCUGCUGCAGCCGUUCCAGUACCAGAACACUUGCCAGCCGUGACCCCAGUGUCAGAACGAGUCAAUAGCCAUCAGUAUCGAUUCUCGGACACGCCCACCCAUGAGAAUAUUCAUAGUAAUAUUACGCCAGAGCUCAUGAGCUACACACAAGAGCCCUUUCCGAACAAGCUUUCUUCACAAGCACUCGCAGAGUACGGGCCCAAUGCCCCUGUUCGACAUCACUCUACCAUCCGUGAUUGGAUCGAAGCUAUCUUUGUUCGUGGAGGCCACGGUAAGCUGCUUGAACUCAGUACCACAGUAGAACGUGUGGUGAAGGAGAACCACGAGUGGAUAGUCGCUCUAAGGAAAGUGAUUGACGGUCGUAACUACUGGUGGCAGGAGACAUUCGAUACAGUGGUUGUGGCAUCUGGCCACUACAACGUGCCUUGGUUUCCAGUAGUUGAAGGGUUCUUGGGGUUCGACAGCAAGUUUCCCCUUGCUAUUCUACAUAGUAAGCAUUUCCGAGGAGGAGCCAAGUUUGCUGGGAAGAGAGUCAUUGUGGUUGGGGCCUCAGUCUCCUCCGUAGAGAUCAUCUACGAAAUUCUUGACCUUGUCAAGAACCCAUUGUACGCUUCUGUGCGGGAAGAGCCUAUUGAAGCCUACGGAUGGGUUCCCUUCGAGCAUCCCCAGAUUUCCGUCAAGCCUGCUAUACAACGCCUGGAUCCAGAAACAGGGCGUAUUCACUUGGCAGAUGGCUCUUAUCUUGAUAAUAUAGACCACAUUAUAUAUGGAACAGGUUACACAUUUAGCGUUCCAUUCUUGCCCAAGGUACAAGAUCGGAUCAAGGCAGGAUACCGUCGACUUCCAGGUGUAUUUCAACAUACCUGGGAUAUCGAGGAUCCUACGUUGACAUUUGUUGGAAUGAUUGGCCUUUUCACAUUCCGCGCAUACGAAUGGCAAGCCGUAGCUGUCGCUCGUUUUCUCACAAGCCGGUCCAAGCCGCUGCCGUCUGUCUCGCGCCAGUUGGAAUGGGAACAGCACCGCGUAAGGGAGAAGAGAGGGGGUAAAGCUUACUACUCCAUUGGGUCCGAGUGUCAACACUUCUUUGAGUAUCUCAGAGAUUUUGCGGGAGAACCUGAAAGGGGUACAGCAGGUCGAAGGUUGCCGCCAUUUGAUCCGCAGUGGUUGGUCAUUUGGCGCGAGAUGGGUGCGCCCAAGUUGUGGUGUUGGAGACGGAAGAUAAACGAGGCAAGAUGGAGACAGGGACUUAGAACUAACCUCUAG